ACUAGAGGGACAUACAUUUAGUUAACCAAGCUGUGAAUCAUCAUCAAGUACUCCUGUCUUCCUUUGGUUUCUCUCAAUCUCGCUCGAUCACUUUCAGUUUCAACAAAAUAAAACCCCGCGUGAGGAAUUAAACUCCAUUCAUAAACCUUCUUUCGUUUCCAUUGAUUGCAAUAUCAUUACUAGUGUUUCGAAUUUGAGGCUUAUUUGCUUAGAUGUCCAAUAAUAAUCCACAAUAUCCAGGUUUACAGCCAAUUCGGCCUCCGAUCCCCGGUUCAAUGGAUCCUCAGCGCAAUUUCGGUCAACUCAUGCCUGUCCAAUUUCGCCCCGUUGUUCCUGCACCGCCGCCGCCGCAGCAACAACAAUUUGUUCCAAUGCCAGCUCAACAUUACCACCAACAGUUUAACGUUGGAAUGCCGCCUCAAAAUCAACAGCCGCAAUUUUCUCAACCAAUUCAACAGUUUCAGCCGAGAGUUGGUCAGCAAUUACCACUCCCAUCCCAGAUGAUUCCAAUGCCGGUUCCGAGGCCGAAUAUGCAAACUUCGUCUGAAUCAAUGAUGCCACAACCUGAUUCUCAAGCUCCGAAUGGAUACACACCGGGUUUAGGUGGCCCGGGAAUGUCAAUUUCGUCAUCGUUUAUGUUUGCAUCAUCCUCUUACGGUCAAGCGCCACAAAAUAAUUUUAAUUCUACCGGCCAAUACCAACCCGUUCCCCAAAUCCAACCUCCCACUGGUUCAUCAUCCCAAAGUAUUACUCCUGGUACAGCUCCUCAGAGCAACGGCGAGCAACCCACAGUUACAACUGUCAUGCCUUCGGCUACAAUCAUCCAGCCACACCUUGCCAAGGGUAGCUCCUCAGAUUGGAUCGAGCACACUUCUGCUACUGGAAGAAGAUUUUACUACAAUAAGAGGACUAAAUUAUCUAGCUGGGAGAAACCUUUUGAAUUGAUGACACCUAUUGAGAGGGUAGACGCAUCAACAAACUGGAAGGAGUAUACAAGUCCUGAUGGAAGAAAGUAUUACUACAACAAGAUCACUAAGGAAUCAAAGUGGUUAAUUCCCGAGGAACUCAAGUUUGCCCGUGAGCAAGUUGGAAAGGCAAUGGUCAACGGAACACUUCCUGAGCCAUUACUGACUCCCUGUACUCAACCCUCUGCAAAUUCUGUGACUGAAGCAAUGCCUAGUGCAGAUAAUUCAUCUGUACCUGCUCAAGGCGAACAAACAAGUCCUAUUUCAGUUGCACCAGUUGUUACUACGUCCCCAAGUAAUUUGCAAUCUGAGAUAACUUCUGGAUCACGCGAUUCUCCUACUGCCAUCACUAUAACUGGAACAGAAGUGGAUGAACCCGAGGUGCCCGUAAAUAUUAUCACUCCAUCAGAUUCCAGUUUGGGAAGUGAUAAAGCUUUUGUUUCUGAUAUUAAUACUGCUGCAACACCAAUGAAUGACGUCAGUAACGUUUCAGCUCAAGAUACUGUAGGUUCUGCUGAUGGAGUUCUAGGAGAAGAUAAAGAAGAUGGAAAAAUUGAUUCAAUAGGGGAGAACGUUAAUGAUGUGGCCUCAGAAACAAAGUCAGUUGAGCCAGAAUCCUUUGUUUAUGCGAAUAAGAUGGAAGCUAAAGAUGCAUUCAAAGCACUCUUGGAGUCUGUAAAUGUUGGAUCUGACUGGAAUUGGGAACGGGCUAUGCGAUUAAUAAUUAAUGACAAAAGGUAUGGUGCCUUAAAAUCUCUCGGAGAAAGGAAGCAAGCUUUCAAUGAGUACUUAAGUCAAAGGAAAAAACAGGAAGCAGAGGAAAAGCGUAUGAAACACAAAAAAGCACGGGAGGAUUUUAGAAAAAUGUUGGAAGAGUCCACGGAGUUGACUUCAUCCAUUAGAUACAGCAAAGCAAUAGCUAUUUUUGAAAAUGAUGACCGUUUCAAGGCUGUCGAGCGAGAAAGAGAUCGCAAGGAUAUGAUUGAGAGCUUUUUGGAGGAACUUUUAAACAAGGAACGGGCGAAAGUACUAGAGGAACGGAAGCGUAAUACAGUUGAAUACAGGAAAUUUUUGGAAUCUUGUGACUUUAUAAAGGCUAAUACGCAGUAUCGAAAAGUUCAAGACCGCUUAGAGGCUGAUGAAAGAUGCUCUCAGCUUGAGAAAAUUGAUCGCUUGGAAAUAUUCCAAGAUUAUUUGCGUGAUUUAGAGAAGGAAGAGGAAGAGCAGAAAAAGAUACAGAAGGAAGAAUUGAGAAAGACGGAACGUAAAAACCGUGAUGAAUUCCGCAAAUUGAUGGAUGAACAUUCCACUUCAGGCAUUCUUACUGCAAAAACUCACUGGCGUGAUUAUCAUUCACAGGUAAAAGACUUACCCGCCUAUUUAGCAGUGGCAUCAAACACCUCAGGUUCAACCCCAAAAGAAUUGUUUGAAGACGUUGUUGAAGAGCUGGAGAAACAAUAUCAAGAAGAAAAGAGUCAAAUAAAAGAUGCAGUGAAGUCGGCGAAGAUCACGUUGUCAUCAACCUGGACUUUUGAAGACUUCAAAUCAGCUUUAUCAGAACACAUUAGCUCUCCACCCAUAUCUGAUUCCAACCUAAAGUUAGUGUUUGACGAGGUACUGGAACGAGCUAGGGAGAAGGAGGAGAAGGAAGCUAAGAAGCGUAAACGUCUCGCAGAUGCUUUCUUCCAUUUACUAUAUUCUACCAAGGACAUUACCGAGUCUUCAAAGUGGGAGGACUUUAGGCAACUUCUUGAAGAUAGCCAAGAGUUCAGAUCUGUUGGAGAUGUGAGCCUCAGCAAGCAAAUGUUUGAGGUUUAUGUUGCACAACUGAAAGAAGAGGCAAAGGAGAAUGAGCGGAAACGGAAAGAGGAAAGGGCAAAGAAGGAGAAAGAUAGGGAGGAAAGAGAAAGAAGGAAAUCGAAGCAGAGAAGGGAAAAAGAGGGAGGGCGUGAAAGAUGGAAAGAGGAGACACAUAAGAGGGAUAGAACAGACAGUGACAGUGUGGACUUAAAUGAGGUCCACAUCUCUAAAGAAAACAAAAGGAAGCAGCAUCAAAGUCCGGACCAUGUUUCUCUCGAAACUGAUAAAGAGAGAACCAAGAAAUCUCACGGUCACAGCAGCGACCGCAAGAAAUCCAGACGGCAUGGUUCUGGUCAUGAAUCCGAUGAAGGUCGGCACAAGAGACACAGGAGAGACCAUCGUGAUUCUCAUAGAGAAGGUGGGCAACUUGAAGAUGGAGAAUUUGGCAAUGAUGUGGUUAUGGAUCGAUGGUAAUCGUGUUUAUUAGAACUUCAUUUAGUACAUUAUGUUUAGCUCAUAUGUAUUAACUUGGAACCAAAAAACUUAUCAAAAUAUAUUUUUUUUUAGAAAACUUUCUUGUAUUCUGUAAUGUUUUACACUGAAAAAUUUGGUGGUAGAAGAAAAGGUUAAGUUCUCAGUUGAGGCCCGGUUUGUGGCAACUUACAUUAGUAUAAUACCAUUUUUUAUUUUAAAAUGUAUUCUUCACUUAGUAUUGACAUUGGUAUUUUAAGUAAAAUGGAUGCAAUGUUUUAAUUCU